CAAGGGCCGGCCAUCGCACCCGGUGGCCUCGGGGCCUGCACUCAGAAGGUGCUUAAUAAAUGGGUGGGGGGAGGGGCCCAGGAGAGACCGGCCCGACCCCCUGGGGCUCCCUCCCUCUGGGCUUGGGAGAGACUUGGCGUGCGCGGCUGUAAAGGCCGAGCCCAGCACACAGUGGGCGCUUAGCCGCCCACUCUGCCUGCCACUAGGGAGAGACCAAGGCAGGACCCGGGGCCCUUGGCUGAAUUGGUUUUAUGCCGCACCUUCGGCUCAUCUCGCACCCUCUACCACCCUGCGGCGGCUGCAGCGGGCACGCUUUACAUUGUGGGAAACUGAGGCCCGGAGAGGCCCAGGGGCUGGUAGAACUUGAACUCGGUCUGGCCGCCUCCCCGCCCAGCGCUUUCUCCGCUGCGCCACCCGGCGGCAGUCCUUGUCCCGACAAUGCGGUGGGCCGGGGGGGGGGGGGGGGGGGGGGGGAGUUACGAGCCGAGAGCCCGGAAGCCGUCCGGCCGAAGGGCUCCGGAAAAGCCCGACCGGGCGGGGGCGGGGCCUCGGGGCUGCCGAAGGAUUUCAGAACCGCCCGUGCCCAGCCUAGCGCCAGCGGAAGCGGAAACGCGCAGGGCUAUUAAAGGCCCCGCCCCGCCUCCUGCAGGGCCCUUUCCGUCUCCGGAAGCCUACGCGAGAGCAGCCAUGUCGGCGCACCUGCAAUGGAUGGUUCUCCGCAACUGCUCGAGCUUCCUGAUCAAGCGUAACAAGCAGACGUACAGCACCGAGCCCAACAACCUCAAGGCCCGGAACUCCUUCCGCUACAACGGACUGAUCCACCGCAAGACGGUGGGCAUUGAGCCGGCAGCCGACGGCAAAGGCAUCGUGGUGGUGCUGAAGCGCAGGGCAGGUCAGAGGAAACCUGCCACCUCCUACGUGAGGACCACCAUCAACAAAAAUGCCCGGGCCACGCUCAACAGUGUCCGCCACAUCAUCCGCAAGAACAAGUACCGGAAAGACCUGCGGAUGGCUGCCCUCCGCCGAGCCAGCGCCAUCCUGCGGAGCCAGAAGCCCGUGGUGGUGAAGAAGAAGCGCACCCGCCCCCCCAAGAGCACCUAAGGUGCCCGGCCUGCCUGUGGCUAAUAAAGUCAGACUGCCUGAUCCA